AUGGCUUCGCAGACCGAGCAAAAGAAAACUGGUCUUGGUGACCUCCCACCAGAGUUAUACGACGAAGUUGUAUACCAAGCUAUUGAUGGCUUCUUGCACAAAGAUGAAAAACAGGCCCUGAGACAGCUAAUGAAAGUCAACAAGCGGUUCUACAACAGCUGCACCAGGCUGAUAUAUAGAACAGCUGUGCUGGAAAUUAGGAAUGCCGAUCCAUAUAUCCCCGAUUCAUUCCAGCAGCUGUCAAAAAGCGAACACCGUCAGUUUGUGCAGCACGUCGAUAUAUCUAGCACGGGCUCCUCCCGUUGGCCCAACUACGCCGCAAAAAUGCAGGCCGUUCGAGACAUCCCAGCUGUACUUGGCCGGUUUCCUGCAUUGAAAUCUCUCCAUGUCGAUCUAGAGACUAUUGCACCGCCCCUCCAUCAGCUGUUUGGACCGCAGCCUCCUGACCAUACAGAUAAAGUAGGGCUACUCGACCAGCGUCUUGGACGUGAUUUAGACAUGUACCCUAACAACAUCCAAGCACUUUGCCUUUACCAUGGCAUGAACAUAUACCGUCGGUCCCCUGGCCAUAUAAGGAGCUUGAAUCGUAUAAUGCCGUCCCUGCGACAUUUUAAGUUCGUCGGCGGCUCGCUAUCAAUCCAUUCAGAGGGAAAGCAGGUGUUGGAGGCUCUGAGAUAUGCAAAGAAGCUAGAAACCCUACGCCUAGUGGGCAUAUUUGGACGCUCCAUCGAAUGCAUAACACAGAUUCAUCGGGACAUUCCCCUGCGUCGGUUUGAUAUCAACGAGGCUAUGAUUCCGGUUUCCAAUCUACUCACAAUCGCCAACUUCGCAUCCUCCUUGGAGGCCCUCUACAUUCAUGGGGUCUGGCUAACCAGCGGGACGUGGGAGGGAGUUUUCAACUCACUGUGUGGCGCUCGCAAUAUUACUCUCUUUAGAGGAGAAGACCUUGGAUACUCUUGCAAUACAUUCACUGGUCCCUUCCGAAGCACUGCUAGUGAUGACCUUGCACUUACCCGCCUCAAGAAGCAGGUAUCUCUGAAUAGAGAGCGUUUGGGUACUAUCACGGCAUAUCAGAGUGACCACCCCUGCAUGAGCGCAGUUCGGCACCAGGUUCGUUGCACUGUAGGUGAAGCUUCAGUGCGCUGGUGA